UCCGCGCCCUGCGAUAAUACUGCUACGCCAUCUCCUCCCCCAUUUCGUUCCCACGAUCACACCGAUUCCGCAAGGCGAAGCGAGGCGAAGCGAAAUCCAUGGCGGAUCCCCUCGACGCUCUUCGAGCCCUAAUGACGUCCCAUUCCCCUCCCCUCGACGCCCUCGUCGUCCCCUCCGAGGACAACCACCAGAGUGAGUAUGUCUCCGAGAGGGAUAAAAGGAGGCAAUUUGUGUCGGGAUUUACCGGAAGCGCUGGUUUGGCUCUCAUAACAAUGAGUGAGGCAUUGCUGUGGACGGAUGGACGAUAUUUCUUGCAAGCGACACAACAGCUUAGCAAUCGAUGGAAGCUUAUGCGUAUAGGAGAAGACCCGGGAGUUGAAACUUGGAUAGCUGAUAAUCUACCAAGUGCCGCUGUUGUUGGAAUCGAUCCAUGGUGUGUGUCUGUGGAAACUGCUCAAAGAUAUGAACAUGCUUUUGCGAAGAAUAAACAGAAACUAUUUCAGCUGUCCACUAAUUUGGUGGAUGAAGUUUGGAAGGACCGUCCUCCUGUGGAAAUUCGGCCUGUAUCUAUACAUCCAUUAGAAGUUGCAGGGCAUAGUGUAGCAGAAAAGUUAGAGGACUUGAGAGAAAAGCUACUGCAAGAGAAAACUAAUGGCAUUGUUAUCACAACUCUUGAUGAGGUUGCUUGGUUGUACAAUGUUCGAGGGAAUGAUGUAGCGUACUGCCCGGUGAUUCAUGCUUAUGCUAUUGUGACAUUGCAAUCUGCUUUCUUUUAUGUGGACAAAAGAAAAGUUUCUACGGAGAUACAGGCUUACAUGACUGAAAAUGGAAUAGAAAUCAAGGAUUAUGGCAGUGUCGACUUAGAUGUAAGCUUGCUUGGAUCUGGGAAACUGAAAUCCAAUGGAGCUCAUGGAGUUGAAGAAAAUGGAAAAGAUGUGACAGGACCUGUUGAAAAUGCAGCGGAAGAGACAAAAAACAACAGAAUUUGGAUUGAUCCAAAUUCAUGCUCUCUCGCCCUGUACUCAAAGUUAGCUGCUGAUCAGGUCUUCAUGCAGCCAUCACCUUUGGCUCUCGCAAAAGCUGUUAAGAAUCAUGCAGAACUGGAUGGCUUACGGAAGGCGCAUAUUCGGGAUGGUGCUGCUGUUGUCCAAUAUCUAGUUUGGCUAGAUAAUCAGAUGCAGGAGAUAUAUGGAGCUGCUGGUUACUUCAAUGAGCCAGAUGGGUCAAACACGAGAAAACAUUCAAAUUCUGUAAAACUUCCUGAGGUAUCUGUGAGUAACAAACUAGAGGGUUUUCGUGCCAAGCAAGAGCACUUCAGAGGAUUGAGUUUUCCUACCAUUUCAUCAGUUGGUCCAAAUGCAGCAGUCAUUCACUAUUCUCCAGAGCCAAGUACAUGUUCUGAACUUGAUGCUGACAAAAUAUACCUAUUUGAUUCGGGAGCACAGUAUCUGGAUGGUACAACGGAUAUAACAAGGACUGUCCAUUUUGGGAAACCUUCGGCACAUGAAAAAUCAUGCUAUACUGCUGUCCUGAAAGGCCAUAUUGCGUUGGACACUGCCAUAUUUCCUAAUGGGACAACUGGUCAUGCUCUUGAUAUUCUUGCUCGGACUCCUUUAUGGAAGAAUGGUCUUGAUUAUCGACAUGGUACAGGUCAUGGAAUUGGGUCAUAUCUAAAUGUUCAUGAAGGACCGCAUCUAAUUAGUUUCAAGCCUCAUGCUCGGAAUGUGCCAUUGCAAUCGUCGAUGACUGUGACAGAUGAACCUGGUUAUUAUGAAGAUGGGAGCUUUGGUAUAAGGUUGGAGAACGUUCUUAUAGUCAACGAGGCUAAUACGAAGUUCAAUUUUGGUGAAAAGGGCUAUUUAGAGUUUGAGCACAUAACAUGGGCCCCAUACCAGAAGAAACUAAUGGACCUGACCUUGCUGAACGUCGACGAGAUUAAAUGGGUGAACUCAUACCAUGCUGAAUGCAGAAAAGUUUUAGCACCAUAUAUGAAUGAGCAGGAAAUGGAGUGGCUUCAAAAGGCUACAGAACCUAUCAGCGUAAAGGAAGUGUCUUAAAAAGGCUACUGAAUCCAUCAGGGUAAGCUCAUGAGUUGCUCAUUGUCCCCUCCUGCAUCUUCAAUAUCCCAGCUACAUUAUCGAUUUAUCCGAACCCUUUAUGAAAUAUCUCUCAAUCUUUAUAGCCAAUAAUCUAUAUAUGGAAUUGUCCCUAGCUGAUAAGUGGAAUAAAUUGUUGUUUAAACCCUUUGUGUUGCAUAAUUUUGAAAGUGUUGGAGGAAAACAUAAUAUGGCAUCUCUAACAAUAGGUAAUGGACAAUAAGGUAACUAUGUUACAUGUUGAUGUACGCUUUAUGCUUUCUUGUUCCAUUUUCCUUUCA